GAGGUGGAAAAUUUUGCAAACGUUAACGAUUUCAGCAAGAAUCUUUAGGACUAAAUUUCAUAUAAAUAGAAAACUGACACCAGAUGAACCUAUCUCCCACUGGAUACUGCAAACAUGAAGUCCUACUUUGCUACUCUGCUCGUUCUCGUUCUUCUCGUUUCGUUGGCCGCUGGUCAACCCACAUCGAAUAAAAGAGCUGCGCCUUCUAAAAACAAAGAUCGAUACAGUAGUUCCUCGGGAGAUGAUUCUGAUGGAGCUAGCUCAGGUGCCGGUGCAUCAGCAAAUAGUGGAACCGGAAGCGGUCAAGGGGUAGGAAGUGGAGCAGGAUCAGGAAGUGGAGCAGGAUCAGGAAGUGGAGCAGGAGCUGGAAGUGGAGCAGGAGCUGGAAGUGGAGCAGGAGCUGGAAGUGGAGCAGGAGCUGGAAGUGGAGCAGGAGCUGGAAGUGGCGCAGGAUCUGGAAGUGGCGCAGGAGCUGGAAGUGGCGCAGGAGCUGGAAGUGGCGCAGGAUCAGGCAGUGGAGCAGGCGCAGGAAAUGGACAAGCAGGAAGUGGAUUCGGUUCAGCAUAAAGAAAUGCACUCGGUUCAGGAACUUGAAAGUUUAGUAUUGUAAGCUUACUCAAGAAUUGAAGAGUAGCCAAAUAAAUAUGAAAAAGGUGUUAAUGCAGAGAAUAGUUUAUUUCUAAAGUUAAAGAUAAUAUAAUAUAUGGUUUUUGCACUCAAAGAGGAUCUAAACGAAUACAUCAAUGUUCUCCACGCAACUUUAUAGCAACUUUUGUCUCAAUACUUAUAUGUAUAACCAGCUACAUUAAAACCUGCAUUGACACUA